CUUACUAAGUUUAUAUAUUUUAUUCCCUAUAAGGAAUUAAGUACUAUAAAAAACCUAGUAUAUAUAUUUAUUAAAGUUAUAUUUUUAAACUAUAGUUUACUAAAAGAAAUUAUUUUUAAUAAAGAUAAGCUAUUUAUUUUAAAGUUUUAG